AUGGAAUAAAUUAAUAAAUUAGAUCUCUUUGGAGUUGUUAAAAGUAUAUAAAUUAUAUAAUAUUUAGAUGGAGGAUUAAAAAAGGCCUUCUUUUUUUAUACGUUUGGAUUUUUUGGUACUUUAUUUAUGACAAUCUCUUUUCUUAUGAUUUUAUCUAAUGCUUUAAAUGAACAAAAUAGUAUUAUAAUCAUAAUAAUAUUAGUGAAAAUAAUGAAGUCUUUAUCAGAAUUAAGUUCAAGUGAUCUUGGAACCUAUUAAAAUCAAAUGUAUGUUAAAACAAAGAAUACAAUUCACUAAUUAUAACUUAUAAAAACUAAUGAGAAGUUCAAUUAAUUUUCAUAUGAAAUCCAAUCAUUCUAAGUUUAAUUACCUUAACCAGAACAUUAAAUUUUUAAUUCCAAAUUUUUAGAACUUCAAUGGCCUUAUCUCAUUAAUUCAAUUACUAAUAAAUAAAAUUUUUGUGGAUCCAAUUGUAUUAGCAUUCCUUAUCAUAAAUUAAUAAUUGGAGAAUGUUUGGAAGAUUGUUUCUUGUAGUUAAGUUCAAUUUGUAUGGUUUUUGAUAAAAAUGAAAUAAUAAGUGGUUGUUAUGAAAAUUAAUAAUUGGCAUAAUAUACAAAGGAAAGAAACAAAUAGAUAUCAAUUUAUUUAAGACAUGUAAAAGAUCCAUUAGUUUAAAUAAAUCAUAAAUGUAUAAAUAAAUUCUUUAAUUAGAAAUUACCCUGCCAGAUAAUUAUGAUCCUUUAAAUAUGAUAAUUUUUGGAGCAACAUGUUUAAUUGUUUGUAUAAUUAUUAUGUUAAUGAUCAAUAUAAAAAUAAAAAAACAAACAGAAGAUAUUGAAAUGUAAGAAAUAAUCAGACACUAACCAAAUAGAAUGAUUCCAUUAAAUUAUUGA